ACAUCCACAUUUGUUUAGUAAACUCAAAACCAAAACCAAAACCAAAACCAAACACAAAAACCGAACACAAAAACAUGGGCAUCGAUUACUACAACAUCCUCAAAGUCAGCCGCAGUGUCUCCGAUGAAGAUCUAAAAAAAUCCUACAAAAAACUGGCUAUGAAAUGGCACCCAGACAAAAAUAUUAACAACAAACUCGCAGAAUCCAAAUUUAAACAAAUAUCAGAAGCUUAUUAUGUUCUCAGUGAUGUUAAAAAGCGUCAGAUCUAUGAUAUGUACGGUGAAGAAGGGGUUAAAUCCGGGUUGUAUGAUGAAUUGUCUAUGAUGAAACCCGGUUCGGGUUCGGGCUUUCGGUUUGAUGUGGAGGAGGAGAUGUUUGCUGAUGAGUUUUUUUAUGUGAGGAAAGCGGAGACUGUGGAGAGUAAGUUGAGUUGUAGUUUGGAGGAGUUGUAUAAAGGUUCCAAAAGGAAAAUGCAGAUUUCUAGAGUUGUUCUUGAUCAUUCCGGCAAACCAGUAACACUAGAAGAAAUUCUACCAAUACAAAUCAAACCAGGCUGGAAAAAAGGAACAAAAAUCACCUUCCCAGAAAAGGGAAACCAAGAAGCCGGUGCGGCCCCGGGUGAUCUAAUCUUCGUCGUAGACGAAAAACCACACAACACUUUCAAACGUGAUGGUAACGAUUUAGUGUUCACAAAAAGAAUCACCCUGCUCGAAGCUCUAACCGGAAAGACCAUAAAGGUGACGACGUUAGACGGUAGAAAUCUAGUGGUCCCGAUAACGGAUGUCAUCAAACCGGCCCACGAGGAAGUGGUUCCGAACGAAGGAAUGCCGAUUUCUAAAGAACCCGGGAAAAAAGGUAACUUGAGGAUCAAGAUUGAUAUUAAGUUUCCGUCGAGGUUAUCUAGCGAACAAAAAUCCGAUCUUAAACGGGUUUUGGGUGGUGACGGUGGCCGUCGCGACGACUUGUUUGGCGAAUACUAAUUUGCCAUUUUUAAUAAUUGAAACCAUGAGAACACUAACUGUUGACAAUGAACUUGUGUAUAUUGUGAGAGAAGAUUUGUGCAUAGUAAAUAAAUAUGUGUUUUUGAACUUA